GGAGAUUUGAGACCAACAAACGUCGCAAUCGCUACAAAAAUGCUCCCCUGAGGACAGGGUGAAACGAAACAGCAAGUGCUCGUAACUGCGAAGACACUCACCGCCCAAAUGCUGCGUCAAGCCGCUCAAACGCGUUGCUGGCGCACCCCGGCGCGAUUCGUCUCUCACCGGCCCGCCUUUCCGCGAUCGAACCCUGUAUCGGCUGCCUUAGGAGGAACUCAGUUCAGGAAGCUCUCGGUCAAGACACAGACGGACAAAAAUACGCUGUCUGACAAGAAGACAGCCGAAGCCGACACAUCCUCGUCCUCAUCAUCCGCCAAAUCUGCGGCACCAAGCCAGCAGAAGACCCAAAAUGCGACGACUGCACAAAAGAACUUGCUUAGUGAAAGCACAGUCGCGAACAAGGAACAGAGAAAGGCGGAUUGGGCUAUUAUGAGGGAGAUGGCAAAAUACCUCUGGCCAAAGGGUGACUGGGGAACUAAGCUUCGUGUAGGGACAGCCUUAUCGUUGCUCGUUGGUGCGAAGGUUCUAAAUGUCGAAGUCCCCUUCUAUUUCAAGAGCAUCGUUGAUUCUAUGAAUGUGGACUUUGCAGCCGUCGGCGGAACCGCUUAUACAGUGGCGGGAUCCAUGAUCAUUGCCUAUGGUGCAACGAGAAUUGGAGCUACUUUUUUCCAAGAGCUUCGCAAUGCUGUCUUCGCCAGUGUUGCCCAAAAGGCAAUCCGCAAAGUUGCGCGGAACGUUUUCGAACAUCUUUUACGGCUAGAUCUCAAUUUCCACCUCUCGCGGCAGACCGGAGGUUUAACGAGGGCUAUUGAUCGCGGAACUAAAGGCAUCAGCUUUCUUCUGACAUCAAUGGUGUUCCACGUCGUACCCACCGCUUUGGAGAUCUCCCUCGUUUGUGGUAUCCUGACGCAUCAAUAUGGCAUCAAGUUCGCUGCGAUUACUGCCACGACAAUGCUGGCUUACUCCGCCUUUACGAUAGCGACAACCGCAUGGCGAACCAAGUUCAGGAAGCAAGCCAACGCAGCAGACAACCGGGGCGCCACGGUUGCUGUAGACUCGUUGAUCAACUACGAGGCGGUGAAGUACUUCAACAAUGAAAAGUUUGAGGUUGCACGUUACGACAAAGCGCUGAAAGCGUACGAAGAUGCCUCGAUCAAAGUCACGACGUCCUUGGCUUUUCUCAAUUCCGGGCAGAACAUGAUCUUCUCAAGCGCACUUGCUGCUAUGAUGUAUCUUGCCGCUGAUGGAGUUGCCACAGGCAGUCUGACUGUCGGUGACCUGGUUAUGGUCAACCAGCUUGUCUUCCAACUCUCCGUGCCGCUGAACUUCUUGGGUUCCGUCUACCGCGAGCUGCGCCAGUCGCUGCUCGAUAUGGAAACGUUAUUCAACUUGCAGAAGGUCAAUGUCAACAUCAAGGAGAAACCCGAUGCGAAACCGUUGGAGCUCAAACAAGGUGGGCAGAUCCGCUUUGAGAACGUGACCUUUGGAUACCACCCGGAGCGUCCCAUCCUAAAGAAUGCUAGCUUUACGAUUCCUGCUGGACAGAAAUUCGCUAUUGUUGGCCCUAGCGGUUGUGGCAAGUCGACUAUUCUCAGGUUGCUCUUCCGAUAUUAUGACGUGCAAGAAGGACGGAUCCUGGUCGAUGGUCAGGAUAUUCGGCACGUCACGAUAGAAAGUCUGCGGAAAGCGAUUGGUGUGGUCCCCCAGGAUACGCCACUGUUCAACGACACCAUCGAACACAAUAUUCGCUAUGGAAGGCUAGAUGCGUCCGAUGAGGAAGUCCGCAAAGCCGCGCGCCGCGCUCAUAUCCAUGAACUCGUCGAGAGACUCCCCGAGGGCUACCGGACGGCUGUUGGCGAACGUGGAAUGAUGAUCUCCGGUGGAGAAAAACAACGACUGGCUAUUUCCCGGUUGCUCCUGAAAGACCCACAGUUGCUCUUCUUCGAUGAAGCAACCUCCGCCCUCGACACGUAUACAGAGCAGGCCUUGAUGCAAAAUAUCAAUAGCAUUUUGAAGGAGAAGGGCCGGACAAGCGUGUUCGUCGCCCAUCGCUUACGGACGAUAUAUGACUGCGACCAGAUAUUGGUCUUGAAGGAUGGCCAGGUAGCGGAACUUGGCUCACAUCGCGAACUGCUUGACUUGGACGGCAUCUACGCCGAGCUAUGGAGUGCCCAAGAGACGUCCUUGGCGCAAGAUCCAGAAUACGAACGCAACGCUGGCCUUGAGGGAGAGACCGCAGGUGAGGUGGAAGACAAGGCCCCCAGACAGUAGAAAACUAUGCUGGAUAUAGCAGAUCGUAGAUAGCGUGAUAGACUUUACCAUCAUCGUCAUCGACAUUAUCUUACUCCGUAGAACCGCUGCAUAGGCUACUAGGCCUCGAGCCUCGAGGCCACAAGGCCACGACCUGCAGUCACGGACAUUGUGGACAUUGUGCGACUCCAACGAGAUCAAUCAAUCUCCAACAUUUUCAAUAUAAACCCCC